AUGGAACCACAAACUAUUGUUCAUGUUGAAGAAGAUUCUAACUCCACCCCUUUACUUAGAAACGUAAAUCCUGCUGACCCAAUGAGGAAUGUAACGGCUGAGAGCAGCUCCGGUCCGGCGGCUGAUCAUGCUACAGUUGUGUUGAUAUUCAGCAGUUUGAUUUCUGUUUUAGGCUCCUAUGUUUUUGGAACUGCAGUGGGAUUUUCGUCUCCUGCUCAAUCUGGAAUUAUAGAUGAAUUAGGCCUUUCUUUGGCGGAGUAUUCCUUGUUCGGUUCAAUACUGACGAUUGGAGCAAUGCUUGGUGCAGUAAUGAGUGGAAAGAUAGCAGAUUCUUUUGGGAGGAGGCGUGCGAUGGGGUUCUCACAAAUGUUUUGUCUGGUGGGCUGGGGUGCAGUUUCUGCCUCAAAGAGUGCUUGGUUGCUUGAUGUUGGCCGUUUCUCAACCGGAUAUGGAAUUGGAAUAUUGUCAUACGUGGUACCUGUAUAUAUAGCAGAAAUAACGCCCAAAAAUCUUAGAGGAGCAUUUACAGCAGUGAAUCAGCUGAUGAUAUGCUGUGGAGUUUCAGUGAUGUAUACGAUUGGAAAUUUCAUGUCUUGGCGUCUUUUGGCUUUUAUUGGCACCAUUCCAUGUCUACUGCAGUUACUAGGCCUUUUCUUCAUUCCAGAGUCUCCAAGAUGGCUUGCCAAACUUAACAGGUGGAAAGAGUGUGAAACUUCUCUGCAACGCCUUAGAGGCGAUACCGCCGAUAUUUCUCAAGAAGCAGCAGAAAUCAAGGAUUACACAGAAAGCCUUCGACAACUCUCAGAAACUCGUCUGAUUGAUUUGUUUGAUGUCAAAUAUGCUCAUGCACUCCUUGUUGGUGUAGGACUAAUGGUAUUGCAACAACUUGGAGGCGUAAAUGCUAUAGCCUAUUAUGCAAGUGCAAUUUUCGAGUCAUCUGGUUUUUCAAGCAGGACAGGGACUUUAGCUAUGGUUGUCAUUCAGGUUCCAAUGACACUUUUGGGAACUCUCCUAAUGGAUAAAUCGGGACGGAUACCACUCCUCAUGAUUUCAGCUACUGGAACCUGUUUGGGUUGUUUCCUGACAGGGUUGUCAUUCUUACUACAGGAUCUUCAAAUUUGGAAGUAUAGUCCAAUCUUGGCAUUGAUUGGAGUGCUGGUGUUUACAGGGUCCUUCUCCUUGGGAAUGGGAGGAAUUCCUUGGGUUAUAAUGUCAGAGAUAUUUCCAAUAAAUGUAAAAGGUCUAGCUGGAAGCCUGGUGACAGUUGUGAACUGGCUUGGUUCUUGGGUUAUUUCCUAUUCCUUCAACUUCCUAACAGAAUGGAUCACUUCUGAAGGUACAUUUCUCAUAUUCUCGAUCGCAAGUGGAUUAACUCUGGUAUUUGUGGCAAAGCUUGUUCCAGAGACCAAAGGGCGCACCCUAGAAGAAAUUCAAGCAUCCAUGGUCUUGUUCAACAGGAAGAAUUAA